AUAAUAAAUAAUUUCAAAAAUAAAUCUGUAAAGAUAAAACCAAUUAGUAUUACUACUUUUUAACAGAAAUAGCUUUAAGGCAUAAACUCAUUAAAAGAGAUAAAUUACAAUAAAAGAUAAGGUGUAGAAAUGAGCAAUUUAGAUUUAAGAACAUUGUGGGUUGGAGAUAUUGAAAACUGGAUGACUGAAUAAUUUAUUGAAAGUGUUUUUAAUAAAGUUGGUAAGGUUGUUAGCGUUAAGUUAAUCAGAACAAAAGAAACAAGUCUCCCUGCUGGUUAUUGCUUCGUUGAAUUUUAGACUCAUGAACAAGCAGAAAGAAUUUUGAUGAAUUACAACUAGUAGUUAAUCCCUGGAACUCAAAAUACCUUCAGAAUGAAUUGGGGAAAGAACCCUACUAACACUGGUAUUAUCAAGCAACCUACAACCUAAGCUAAUAAUGGUUAUGGAAAUAAUUAAUAUGGCAUGAUGCAAUAGCCAGUGAUCUAAAUGCCACCUAUUUAAGAAUUCUCAAUUUAUGUUGGUGAAUUAGAACUUGGCAUUAACGAGUAACAACUUGCAGAGCACUUCAGAUCUAAGUAUUCUAGUGUAAUUGGCUCUAAGAUUAUUACUGAACCUACCAGCAAGAUGAGCAAAGGUUACGGCUUUGUAAAGUUUUCUAAUCCUAUUGAAGGACAACGUGCUAUUCAUGAAAUGAAUGGCUCUCUUUUUAAGGGCAAAUUCAUUAAGGUUUCUCAAGCUGUUUCAAGGUAAUAAUAACAGGCUUAAGCUUAAGCUGCUGGAACACCUGGAUUCCCUUAACCCGCAGGUUAUGGUGCUGCUACAGGUGCAGCUGAUUAUAACGGUUACGGCUAUUAUCCUUAACAACCUUCUUAAGAUCCUUAUUAUUAAUACUAAUAAUAGUAUGCUGGCUAUGCUUCUACUUAAAAUACACAAUAUUAAUAUCCCUAUUCAUAUUCUUCUUCUUACUAUUAAAACGGAGUUUAUGGUACAGACCCUUCUUAAAUGUAUGGCCAACCUGCUUAGGCAAGCAAUAUGCAUGGAUAUCAAUAUCCCGCCACUGCUAGUACCUAAAAUGCAUAGGGAUAAGCUCAAUAGUACUCAUAACAAUAUCCAUAGUAAGGUUAAGUUCCUCAAGUACCUACUGCAACUACAGCUACUAAUCCUGCUGCUAUUUAAUAAUAGUAUUAUAAUUAAACUGCUUAAACUCCUCAAGCUGCAAACAGCUAAUAAGUAGCCUCUACUCAUGAUAAAUAUUCUUAAAAUAAUUAUUAAUCCCAAUAAUAAUCUGCUAGCAAUGCUCACUACUCUCAAUAGUAAUAGUAUUCUCAUUAAUAGCAGUAAUCUUAAGUUCAAUCACAAGCAUCCAGCCAAUCAUAAACUGCUCAACAACAAUAGCUCUCAACUUAAUAGUAAUUGAACUAAACUGAAAAGAAGUCUGAUGCUAACUCUAUACCCACUCCCUCUGUUAAGGAAUCAUCUUUAUUCCAAAAGCCUAGCUCUGAUUUCAUCGGAUAUUAAACUGAAUACGUAAGCAUGACUGGCGAGCUUGAAUUCAUUUUGAAGCACAACAUAUGCUGA